AUGCCGCGAGAGCAAGGUGUGGAGGAGCCGACGCCGCAGGCGGAAGGCGAGGCACAGCCGGCCGCCGAUGCCCCCAUGAGCGAGGCCGCGGCGGCGGAGGACGAGGAGGAGGAACCCGUCAUGGGGGAGGGGGAGGGCGGUGCAGACGGGGCCGCCAACGCCGUUGAUUCCGUCAAGGCUUCAGUGAAGCCCGAAGCAGAGGGCGCGGAGGAGGGGGACAUGGAGGAGCUGAAUGGUGGCCCGACGGCGGAUUUGGUUGGCGAGGUUGUGAAACUGGAGAACGGGGAUGGGCCCGUGACGGUGGGUGGCUCGGCGGAUGAGGCUGGGGCUGGAGAUGGCGGUGAUGAUAAGGGCCUGGUUGGUCAGAAUCAGCCUAUUGUGAACCAGCUUGUGCUGGUGCCGGCUGAGGAGGAUCUGGCAUUGACCAAGAUCUCAAAUAAUUCCUUCAUGUUCGAUUACACCACUGGUGGUGACGACUCGGGGACUGAGGAGGAGCAGGCUGCCUUCAUGAAGGAGCUCGAGCGUUUCCACAGGGAGAAAAUGUUGGAGUUCAAGCCCCCAAAGUUUUAUGGCGAAGGAUUGAAUUGCCUCAAAUUGUGGAGACAAGUUACUGGAUUGGGUGGCUAUGAUCAGGUGACAUCAUGCAAGCUGUGGCGUCAAGUGGGAGAGUCAUUCAAACCUCCAAAGACAUGCACAACUGUUUCAUGGACUUUCCGUAACUUCUAUGAGAAGGCACUCCUUGAAUACGAGAAACACAAAAUUGAAACAGGAGAGUUCCAAGUAGCUUCAUCUGCUCUACCAGAUCGGAUUGGUUCUGAGAGCCAGGUGGGUGGAAGCCAUGUAUCUGGUUCUGGAAGAGCCAGAAGAGAAUCUGCAACUCGUGCAAUGCAAGGUUGGCAUUCUCAGCGCCUACUAGGCAAUGGUGAAAUCGCUGAUCCUGUAAUUAAGGAUAAAGGGCCAAUUGUCUUAAAGAAGGAUAAAACUCCUAAAAGCAGUGGUUCUGCCAAGAGGAAAAGGACACCAUCCCUGGAAGAUGACAGGGUGAUACCUUAUAAGUCUGAUAAGCUACAAAAUGACUCGAUGGUCAUUGACAUGGGCCCUCCUGCUGAUUGGGUGAAAAUAAAUGUUAGGAAAACCAAAGAUUGCUAUGAAAUCUAUGCGUUGGUUCCUGGCCUUCUGCGGGAAGAGGUACAUGUUCAGUCUGACCCUGCUGGUCGUUUGAUAGUUACUGGAGAGCCUGAGCAAUUGGAUAACCCAUGGGGUGUCACUCCAUUCAAGAAGGUCAUUAGUUUGCCUUCCCGCAUUGAUCCUCACCAAACCUCUGCAGUUGUCACCCUCCAUGGGCAGCUAUUUGUGCGUGCACCAUUUGAACAAUCAAAAUAA